GCAGAAACAAAUGACCGAAACGGCAAACACACAUCUGCACAGAGGUAGGACAGGCAGAUUUGUGAAGCAAAAGCCAAAACAUCGAAGCAUCUGUCAUCCCUGAUGGCUGUGUUCAUUGUGCAGACGGACUGACGCAGUAAGUGACGCACAGAUUCAAGCAUUGCUCGGCGGAUUGUCGCACCAGCGAGGUACAACCGAUACAUUCUACAACAAUCAUCUUUCAUCAUCCUUAUGGCUGUUUUCACUGUGCAGGCGAGACUGGCUGAAUGAGUGACGUAUAGGGACUGCAUUGCUCAGCGGAGUGUCGCAACGGCGAGGUACAACAGAUGCACUAUAACUUCGUGCUCUGUCAGCCUUCACUCUCAGUAUUUGUGUGUUCACUGUGCAGACGAGAGUGGGAGAUGGACUGAGUGAAUGAGUGACAAAAGGCCUGUAUCCCAAGGCGCACUGUCGCGGCAGCAAGGUACGACAGGAAUGCUACAAACUGGUGCUGUGUCAAUGAAUGUCAUGUCUGUGGCUCGUUGGGUCUGCUGUAUGAAGCUCUGAGAUUUGGAAGGAAGCACUACGGGAUUUCACUCAUCUGCCCUGGAGCUACACUCAAGCAAUAAGGUGAGAGACUGACAGGCAACUAUCCGCCUGCCCACACAGCGUCUUGGCCCAUCCUUUGUUUCCCUCUGUGCGUGUCUGCAGGCUGUGGCUGUCAACACCACACACAUGGAGGCCGCCAUCCCUUACUGGGACACUACCGUCAUUGACACAUAUGACGACCCAUCGGCUGACGCGCCAUCCGCAGAGGGACUGUGCAUCCAACUCGCGCAGACCCUGGGCCUGCUCCAGCCCUCCCCUCCCAUCCUCCCGGGAGCAAACCUAUGCGGCCACGGCGACAACAGGGUGCUUGUCGUGUGGCGCGGAGGCGUUUUGUGGCUUUAUCGGCACGCGAGCGACCGGCCAAAGGGCUUCCAUCGGCCCUACAGGCUGCAGCUGACCGAGGACAUCGUGUGGGCCCAUUUCUUCCCGAAAGCUCAGUUCCUCGCCAUCAUGGGCCAGGAUCGCAACCUGCUCCUGCUAAAACUGCGCUUUGUGGCGGGGUCGAUGGAGGACGACACGGGGCGUGCGGCUGCGCCGAGGAUGGGCAUCGUGAGGACCUUUCACCAUCGGGCUGAUCGGCUCGUGGCAUGCCACGCCAUCGACGCGCAAGAUGGCGAUCCGCACGUGUGUGUUGCGAGGGCGCCAUGUCGGCUGGAGUGCAUCCACCUGUCGGCACUGCAGAAUGUCUUGUCAAGCGGCGAUCGCAACAGGGAUGAUCCACCCGGGUCCAGCACGUUGCCGACUCCCCUGGACCCGAGCUGCAUCCAGACACUGGACUGCAGCCGAGCGCCGUGGCCCCACUUUGGCGAGGCCCUGUCUGACUGCGCCCCUCCUCUGCCCUUCCCCUCUUCCCUCCCCACCCCUCUCGCGCUCAUCCCGCCCACGCCCCGUGCCCCCCGCCCCUCCCUGCUGCUGGCCGGCGUCACUGAUCGAGGCCGAUGGACCCUCUUCUGCCAGCCGGUGAAGCGCGACACAUCGACUCCGUCUGAUGACGACGCCUCGCGUCAUGAUUCGAGUGAACCGCCCCCUCCCGCGGCCAGGGGGAAGCUGCUGCCGAUGGUGCCCCUGAGAGCCCUGAGAGCUGAGGCCGCCACACAGAGAGGAGCAGUGGAGAUAGGUGGCGGGCAGGCAGUUGGCGGAGAUAGGGGACUCGACGACGAGGAUGGGAGGCGUCGGCCGCCGGCUAUUGUGCAUGUUGCAUCGAGUCCAUCCGGAGGGGCAGUCGCUGCCGUGCUGGGCACCUCAGAGAUGCUUUUCUGGAGGAAGGACGACAGGGCGGGCUACGUGCCCUCCCUCUAUAUUUCUGCGGCUACGUUGAGGCGGCUGAGGGGCCGAGCUGCUGCAAAAACUGACACGGAGGCAGGGGGAGAGCAGGAUGUCGACGUGGAUGAUGCGGACGAUGAGUCAACGCCGCUAUGGUUCUUGCAAGGCGUCUUCUUCUGGAGUGAGGAUGUGCUCACGUGUCUGUUCUCCAACGAGCGGCCACCAACCCUAUCGCCAACAGAGUACCUCCGCAGGGCCAGACGGCCGUUUUCCUCCCAGCCGCCUUUGAUAUCGACCCAGCUACUCUCACUCACCCUCCCAUCUCUUUCUCUUGCUGCCCCUCCGUCACAAAGCGCCCUCCAAGCAUUCCCGGCCUCAGUGCUGGUCUCUGCUGCCUUUGGGAGGCAACAAGACGGCAGCGAUCCGACUGGCUCGUCGCUGUUUGUGCUGACAGCCCACCUGCGCCCUGUUGCUGCCGACGAGGGCGAGGAUGCUGAUGUGGAGGAUGACGCGGGGGGAGAGUUCACGUUAACGCAUGUUCGCGCCCUCACACUUGACUUGUGGGUGGAAGGAGCGGUCCGCGACGGCCGGUGGGAGUCGGCAGAGAAGGUCUGCCGGGACCAGGGACGGCACGAUCUGUGCGACCGAGUGCUGAAGGCACGCUGGCUGGCGGGGCCGGGGAAGCGGCCGCCGGCAGUGUCCACAAUGGAGGACUUCUGGGCCGUUCUCCGCGUCCACGAUCUGAUAUGGCUGGCGCACCAAGCUCUCGAGUUUGAUCCAACCAGGCGGGCCAAGGAGGGUGGUGACACGAGUCGGUCGCUGGAGCUCGGCAAGGUGCGUCUGCUGCUGGAGCACGUGAUGCAGCGGCUGCGCAAGACCACUCUCGGAGGCCCGCUGGGCGACCUGAAGGUCAAGGUGCAGGCGUACCUGUCGCGUCUCGACUCGUACCAACAGAUCCUCAACAAGGCCGCAUCGGGCGAGACGAUGCUCGACCCACUGGCGCCGCCGCCCUCAGCUGCCGAGAGCGGGGCAAGCGAGGCGACACUGUCGUGGUCGGAGUUCCGCGAUAUCACUCCGGCCAAGGCUGCCAAGCUGGCUGCAUCCAAGGGCGACCUGACCAUCUUGCGCGUCCUCGUCAAGCGGCACGGCCCCGAGUUCCAGCGGAUGACAUCGGGGUGGGAGGGCAUCCUUGACGCACUGCCCGAGACGCUGCCCGUGAAAGACAUCGCCGACCUCUUGCCGUGCCCUCCAGUGCCUGUGGUGACAACUGGGUCACAGUCCGCCAAGCCCAUUCUCAAGGUGGCCACGCUGCUGCUCGACACCGAUCGGGAGAGGAUAUCCCGAUGGGCGCUGAAGAGGGCCAACGUGUUGCUGCGUCGGACGGGACUGGUGGCAAGUGUCGUACUGCCCUUCGUCUACGCCAUGCUGUCCGUCACACUGCGCAACCAGCCCCCAGCGGCCAUGAGGAAGCGGCCAUCGACGGCCAUCGACGGGCAGAAGGACGACUGGUUUUCCUCCUCCCAGCCGUUUCUUCAGCUGCCGGCCAUUUCGAAGCAGACGACGUCAUCGUUCCUGACCGAGGCACCGAGCAUUCUCCUGCUGAUGGCCAUGCACGCACUGGUGCACCAGUGGCUGCUGCUCAAGAGGGCGGAGGAGGGCAGGGAAGGUGCAACGGCGGUUCCUUCCUUCGAAGCCUUCAUGGAGCUGUCAUACCUGGAUCGCCUCGAGCUGGCGCUGGCCAAUGGCACUGCCGACCCGGCUGAUGCUGACAAAGGCACAUACCUGCCCACCAAGAUCCGCAAGGUGGUGUACGAGCCGACAAAGCCUUUGCAGACAGCCGUGGCUAUCGGCGAGUGGACGACCUUCCCCGGCGGUCCGAAGGGCAUGAGCGCCGCCAGCGCAAGAUCGCUGAGGAAGAUGAUCGAGAUGCCCCCUGAGAGCGCCCUGAUCGCAUACUUUCGACAAAGACUGCAAACGUGGUCGCCCUUACCCUCGUCAAGCGACCAAGAGCGUGACCGGAGGAUUGUAUCGACUACUCACCAUCUCGGCCAUGGGUCGCUGCUGGGGCCCAAGGCACUCGUGUCCAUCAAGAAAGAGAUGGAGCUGAUCGCAGAGGUGGUCAAGGAGAGCGCCCCCACGUUGCCAGGCAGCUCGCGGCUCAUUCGGUCCUUCACGAAGCUGAUCGGCUUCGUGCUGUACGUGACUUACGAGGGCACGAGCGCCUGCCCCGCCGGCCUCAUCCUCAAGCCAGUCGAGGCCAUGUACCUCUGCUUGCCCGCCAAGGACACGCUGCCGGCCGACGCCACCGAUGAGGAGCGGCAGGAGUGGAUCAAGCUACACCAGAAGGCCGACCUGCUCGACCGCCACCUUACCGCAGCGGAGCUGCUGAUGAAGCUGGGCGGCAGCGGGGCAUAUGGAGUGCCGUUCUGGACGCUCGGGGAGGCUUCGACGAAUCCCCAGCUGUGUGGCCGUCUCUUCUGGGGCCUUCUCCGCGGCCUGGCGUCCACCUACCGGUCCGCUGCCUUCUGGCGCGGGGUCAUCGAGGACUGCCAGAAGCUGCAGGCACAUGCACUCGGGGCUCUCCGGGUCGAGUCACUCUACGAGAUGCUGGUGACGGUGCUCUGCUACUACACGGACCAUUCAGAGGUGGCGACCAAGGUCAUCGAGCUGUGGAGUGCACGCAGCGAGGCAAAUGCAGACCGGGAGUUCCCCCAGAAGCUCGCCACUCACCUGACCACCAUCGCCAAGGAGCUUGUCAACUCGGCCCCGUCGCUGGCCCACCCGGCACUGGACAAGGCGUCGAGGUGUCUCCGGCUGGCUCCAAGUGAGGUUGCUGAGGUGCAGGGUGAGAAGCAGUUCAUCCAGGCGUGUCAGGCCCUUGACUGGCUGCUCAGCGCCUCACACAAGGAGGCCCUCGCUGCCGCACUGAAUCCCCUCGCUUUCGCGGCUCAGGGACUGAGUUCCGCCCUUGCAAGGGCGGCUGAAGACAAGGCGGAGGGCGGCAGGAGGUACCCGCCCAACUUCCCCUUCGUCACACCCGCAGCCCUCCGCUUCGCGCCGUCGCCACGAGCCGUCAUCGCCGCUUUGCUGCAGGCCAAUCCAUCUGCUGUAGUGUUCCGGGAUCAGCUGGCGCGGCUGGCGGGGCUGUUGGGCGUGAGUGAUCUGCGGGCAGCCGUGGGCAAUCCGCAUCAGGGUGCCGGUCGCGAUGUGAUAUCGGAGUUGCUGUCGUCCACCGAGGGGGGGAGGUCGCUGCAAGAGGUGCGGGCGUGGACAUUCCUGCUGCACGAACAUUGCCAGGAGGCAUACGAGAUCUUGCACAGCCUACUGGCUUCCCCGUCAGCCGCAAUGGAGCCAUCCAAGGGUCUGUGGCACCUCGCUGUGGCAGUGGCCAAGAGCGGUGGUGAUCUGUCGACCAACCAGAAGCUGGCGCUACUGUCCCUCGCGGCGCCUGGCUGCCCCGCAGACGACCUGCCGGUGCUCCUCGACGUGUUCCAGUCAGUCGGGCUGGAGCCACUGCAGGCAACUCUCAGUGAAGGCAUCGAUGAGACAAAUGGCGAAGAGACCCCUGAGAGGCCGAUAGACUGGCUGCUUGAUGAGAGUGACAACAAGGAGGGCGGCGAUGCGUCGGUCAGCAUUCCCUCUGAGAUCCUCCCGGCCCCCUCGUCUAUGUUCUGGACGGUGGCAAACCAGUGUGAAAACAUCGGGGACGACACGAGUGAUUUCCACAGCCCCUUGCUGCUCGCUCUACGGGACCAGCUUCUCGAGAAGGAGGAGGGCGACGAGGCAAAUGAGGAUGAGCGGCUCUUCCCCAUCCCGCUGCCGCUCGCCAGAGGGCCCAAGCAGGCCGUCAGUGACCACAGGAGGACCUAUUUGCCAGCGCCUGCCGCCGGCAAGAGGGAUAAAGAGGAGGGCAACAUAUUCGCGUGGCACCGAUGGGGUGCGGGUGGAGAGAGGCCGCCGGUCGACCUGUUCACGCACGAUGCUGAGUGGGAGUGUCACUUUGGCGUCAUCCCUCCACUUCUGCUUUCACAACGACACUUCUUCGCGCCCAUCCUGCAGUCACCCUUCCUCUCGCUGCAGCACAAGGUCCGCUUGGGUCGGCUUGCCAUCGCCCAGUGCAGCCAAUGGCUGGUGCACGACGUCCACCCGUCGUUCGAGCGGCGGGCAGUCGCGCGGCUGGUGUCGCUGCUUGAUGCCACUACCUUUUGCGUCGAGAUGCAGGGGCUGGAGGCGAUGGGAGGGGCGGAGGGAGAGUCGCUGUACAUGCGGCGGUUCCUCGUCGACACGGGGUAUCAGCGCAGGGUGCUGCUGAACCUCUCUCGGAGGCAGGGUGGGUCGCAGCUCGACCAAUUGUCGCAGAUCCUGGAUCGCGUCGAGCAACUCAAGCAGCCAGUCACUGUCGAGGGAGAGGAGGGCGGGCCACCAGAGGAGCCGUCUGUCCCAGAGGACGGUGCUGUGGGUGCGCGUCUGUCAGUGGCGCCUUACCUCGCUUAUGACGCCGAUAGCCCGCUCAAGUAUCGGCUGGACUGGGAGGGAUUACUGGCUAUGGCGAGAGAAGCGGCAACGACCGAGAGGACUGCGAGUGCGGCAUCGCUGCUGGAUUUGCGGGCGGAGAAUGUCCGGUGGUCCUUCCUCAAUCGGCCUCUGCACGAGGUGAUGGCGACGCUUGCCAGCAAUGUCCUGCCGCUGCUCCAGGAUGGGCCCAGAGUGGCAUCGCACAUCAAGGACAUCAUCAUGGCGCUCGUGUCGUCCCAGCACCCAGAUCAGACCGCCUUGACACCAACAGCUGGCGCAACCGACGCGGCCGCUCCGCUCGACAACGUGUCGAGUCGACUGGUCCUCGCUCGCCAUCUUUUCGACAUCGCUGCUGAUCUGGCUGGUCCGUCGGAGCUUGGCGUUGACUCCUCCCCUCUCAUGGGUCUGGGCGAUCGAAAGAUCACUCGUUGUACGGAGCGGCUGCUCUCUGUCCUGCCCUCGGUGGACCUGUCCACGAUCGAGUUGCCGUCAGUGCCGGCCCCAUCGGCCUUCUUGCAAGAGGUGGUGCGCAACGCAACGCUCGAGACGCUGCCGACGGUGGUUGAAGUGGUGGAAGAGGCCGGCGAUGCGGUGACGAUGCUGUGCCCUGCACCCUCGUUGUGCUAUCGGGUGGUGGAGCGCUGGAUGGACCAGAAGGCGACACUGAGGGCGAGGGAGUGGGGCGAGAGCGUGAGGGAGCAGCUGACCUUCGCCAUGCGGAGGCUCACGGCCGAUGAGAGACUGCGCCUGCUGCGACGGACGUCACAUCCACCCCUGCAGCAGCUCAUGCUGGGCAUCAUGAAGGCCAUCGCGGAGCCAUCUGUUCAGCCGACGCAUGUCGAGCCGCCUGAGGGGGACAAGCCUGAGGAACAGAAAGCCAUUGACGACACACGUGAAUCAACCAAGGAAGAAACGAGCCAGGCGGCCGUGUCGGCGGCACCCUCCUCCCCCUCGCCCCCCUUGCCGCCGAGAAAGACCGCUGAGGGGUCUUUGGAAGACGUGGAGCUGGUUUUGAAGCUCAGGGGCCAGUUCAGCUCGACCAUUGAGGGGCUUAAGGAGGUCGGCGAGGUGGGCGACGAGUGGGAGGCCGAUGGCAUCAACUUCCUUACACCCUUCCAGCUGGGGCGGCCGCUGUCGCUCUGCCUGUGGCAGUUCUUCGCCGGAUCGCCAAAUACUGUCUUCGCGACCUUCCUUCCUGAUGCCAUGAGCGUCCUCAGCGCCCUCCCUGCGCCCCUCGACGGUGAGCCCAUCCCGCCCGAUCAGCGUCUGGCGGACUAUCUUGCCCAGGGCUAUUUGUUGGAGAUGGAGGAGCUGGAGAGGACGGGCGGCGGCCACGAGGUUCUACUCUCGACACCAAUCAAGCGGGCGGAACAUCACCAGUUUUGGAAUCGUGUCUGUGACAUCCUGGGGGAGGCGCUGACACCAUGUUUGGACGCUCUGGAUCGAUUGCUGGAUGACGAACACUGUGGGAGCACGGCACUUCGGCUGACGGCGGUAUAUCUGGCCGGCGUGGCGCUAUCUGGUGUGGUGGAGAGGGGCGCUAUGGAUGAGGAGAGAGGCGGGGAGCUGCUGGCCAAGCUGAGGAGGGGGGCUGUUUUCCUGGGAGCCCAGUAUCUCGUGCAGCAGCACUGGCCCGACGUGUCCUCACAGCUGCUGCGCUCGUGGUUCGCGUCUUCCACCCCGCCAUCGGCCCUCAUCGACUUCACUCGUCAGCUGGUCGCGAGCCUGGCCAGCCAAGCCGACCGGCAGAAUGCGGCCAAGGCCGUGAUGAAGUGCCUCGUGCUGUUCGAGGACCUGUUUCUGCCGCCCUCCCCUCCGCCUGGCUGGCUGCCAUUCCAUCUCAACCUGGCGGGCGACGCAGCGACCCAGGAUCCCCUGGAUGCACCCCAGCCAGCCAGCGACCUCAGUUCGCUGUGGGAGUCGCUGCUGCGUGCUGCGCCGUGUGAUGCAUCAUGGCUGGAGAUCAAGAUGUGGGCGGGACGGACUCGAUGCAAGGGGGUGGGGGAGGGCGGCUGUGAUGCUCCACUGGCACUGACCCUCUCAUCCACGGAGGACAUUACGGGUGCCCUUGACAGUCUGGUGAUGGAGCAGAGGGGGACGGGCCGGUCGGGAAGGAGGGAGGAGGAGGGUGGGCUGAGUGCUGCGGGUGGCUCUUUGGCGGUGCUGCAGCUUGUGGCUCUAAGUCAGGCCUCUGUGGCGUUUGUCAACACGGCAUUUUUCGACACAUUGCUGCCGGUGCUGCUGCGGACGCAAGAAGAGACGCCCAAGGACAAGACGGCUUCAGGGCUGUGGGGCGUGCUGGACCAGUGGAGGCGGGAGCUUUUCGCGAGCGAUGUCAGUGAUGACGGCAGCACCACCCAGACACCAGCUGAGAAAGGAGAGGGCCCCACCUGCGCGUAUCUGGACAUGUUGCUGCGUCACUAUCGGCACAGCCUGGCUCUGCUUCUCGUGGCGUAUCUGUGCAAGAAGGGCGCCAUCACCACUGCCGUGUCGAUCGUGAACGAGCUGCUGGACCCCGCCCCUCCCCCGCCCGUCUUGUCAGCUUUUCGCCGCACCUUCCCGCAGCUGCUAUCCUGUCUCAGGCAGUACUCAUCUUGCCCCGAUUCGCCACAAGACACACCAUUGCCCCUCCUAUCCCACCACCCACCACCUCUCCCGUCCCAUUGGAGCGACCCCAACGACCCUUUUACGACGUCUCUGUUCCUCUCACUUGUGUUCGGUGGGUCCGAGGGGGAGCAACGAGUGCUGAUGGAUGCGGCCAGAAGCCUAAUGACGCGUCCGGUGGUCGAGCAGCCGGAGGACAAGUCAGCAUCACCUGUAGGGGGCAGCGGGAAGGUGGACGAGCCCGACAGCGCGGCCAAGAGUGAAGGAGACGAGGCGUGGGGCGAGGGGUGGGACACUGACCUUGACUUUGGCGAUGUUGAUGUGGACGUUGAGGCGACUCUCACGGAAGAGAAGAAGAGCGAGCCGGCCGCGGCAGGAGGAGGAGGGUGGACGCUGAUUGAGUGGGGGGGAACAAGGAAGGUGGCAGGGGAGAUGUCUGCGUGGGUGACCUACUGGGAUCGCUAUGAAGCCUAUGUGAGAGGCCAGAUCGAUGGAGCUUGUCAAGUGCUGGAGGCGCUGCGAAGGGACGUGCAGACCAGUUUGUGAGUGAUGUAAGGGUCCGUAUGUGUGGGAGAGAGAGAGGGAUCACGAUGCGUGUCUUGUAAAGGGGUGACCGAAUGGGUUUUUAAGCCAGGGCUGAGUCGUCACGUUCUGUGUGCAAUUGGGUUGGUACGCUAAGACGUUGGUUGACAUUUCGGUGUGAACGUUUGCCCAUCCAUCCAUCGGUCAACCCUUCC